UGCUCCGGCCAUGAAGUCCUCCUCGGUCUUGGGGCAGCGCCUGGACAAGGGGCAGCUGCCCGAAGGAGAGGGGAAGAAGCAGAAACCUGUGAUAAUGGCCCUGGUCAAAGGUCCUGGACCUGCCAAGUACCUCCUGCCCUCCUGCACCGGCCACGCCAACCAUGACAUCUCCAUGUUCCAGGCGCCGGCCUUCAGCCUGCUCUCCAGGCACUCCGAGAGGCGAGCCGUGGACGUUGGCAGCCCUGGGCCUUACUCCUUGGACCCCAAGCUGACCCGCUUUGGCGUGUCCAACUGCCCACAGGUGCCCAUGGUGGGCCGCAUCUCCAGCAUCCGCCUGAACACCACCCCCGCGCCGGACCACUACCCCGUGGAGAAGACCUUCCCUCCCGACGAACGCAGGGUCCCUCAGUACUCCUUCGGCCAACGGUGCCCCUACAGAGUGGCUGCCCCCAACCCGGCCCCCAACCAGUACCAGCUGCCGCUCCUGCUGGGGCCCAAUUGCCCCGUCACCCACGCGGCCCCUUGCUACAGCCUGAGCUCCCUGAACAAGAACUGGUUCCACAAGGAGAACAUGGCUGGCGGCCCGGGGCCGGCCGGGUACAUGUGCCCCCCGCCCUCCGUCUACCGGAACUGCAGCCCCAGCUACAGCAUGGGCAGGCGCUUCUCCUACCCCCUGGACCACACGCCGCGGCCCGGGCCUGGCUCCCACGAGGUCCAGCAGGUGGUCCUGCACAAGCCCCACAUCCCCGCCUUUAGCAUGGGGGUCAAGCACUCCUCCCACCUGACACCCCUGAUUGUGGACAUCCAUGACGACUGA